CCGCAAAUCGGUUUAGCCCUGAUGACUAUGGGCAUAGCAUUCUUCGGUCUUGGUAUGAUGCUGUUGUUUGACGCUGGCCUACUUGCCUUGGGAAAUGUUCUUUUUAUAUUUGGGCUUGGCCUUUUCAUUGGUAUCGAACGCAUAUUUCGUUUCUUUUUCCAACGACAUAAGUUGAAAGGAACUUCCUUUUUUCUCGGUGGUAUUUUUGCUGUACUCCUUGGAUUCCCACUGAUUGGAACAAUAAUUGAAAUUUAUGGGUCUUUCUUCUUUUGUCCUCGUUUACUUCAUCGUUUGAAUGCACUACCUAUAUUAAACCAACUGGUAGUGAUAAAUUUCAAAGUCCGGAAAAUACUAUGUCGAGUCGAAUUUCGUUCUAACAUUGCCUAUUACAUCAUAAGUACGGAAAAAUGA